UUCUUUGGAAUCCUCCGCCGCACUCCAAAUCCAAGCUAUUUUUCCUACAGAACUUUUGAUUGCAGAUCUAUCUACUCUACUCACUCCUUUUCCUCUGUCUCGCUCCAACUGAUUAAACUACAGGAGUGAAGUAAGCAGCGGUUUGUUAGGGUGGUGGCGAAGCUGCUUCCUGCCGGUUGCCGGAGCUUCUGCAGUCAAUUGCUUCAAACAGAGCUGAUUACGGUGCUCAUCAGCAACAGAAGCUGCUUUUAUAGGUUUUCCAUGGCACCAAGUAAGAAGGGGCCCCGCAAAGUUGUUGGGCCAAUGUCCGGAGCGCAUAUUGAGUCCACUAAUAGUUUGAACCCUGCACUACAGUCAAGCUCUCAAUCUUAUCAGACUUGCCCCAGUCAUUAUUCAAAGCCUCCAGCACAUAAAUUCAUUGGGGCAAUGCCUGGAAUACGCAUAGACCCUACAUCUAGCUCAAACUCUGUUUCUCGACCUAAUUGUCAAGCGAAAUCACAUGACUCCAAUUCAAAUUCAAACUCAGCUUCUAGCUUUAUUGCUGCUUCUCAGUUCAACUCUAAAGCCAAUUCACAUCAGUUGAACUCCAAGGCUGAUUCUCAACUAAAUUCCCAUCCUAAUUCACAUAUCGGUCAAGGCUUUCAUUCUCAACCACUAGUAGACCAUCGUGAGCAACCAGAUUCCUUUGAUAACAAUGAUUCUGAAGCUGGAUCAGGUUCUUCAUAUGAUUCAGAAGACAUAGAGGAUGUCUUUGAUGGUACUUUUGAUGAUGAUGAUUCUAGUGAAGAAGGAGACAAUAGUGGUAGAGGACUAGCCAGACGAAGUGCUGGUUGGGGUGGUGGAAAGAAAUUGGAGUUAGUUUGGAAUGCACGGGGCCAAGUAAUUGGUCCUAAUGCUACACAGUAUAUAAGUCAAGUAGGAAUCUUAGUAAAGGAUGGUAAUAAAUUACCACUCACGUACACAGAUUGGAGGGCCAUGCCUGAAGGAUCUAAGGAGAGAUUUUGGGAAGAUAUUAAGAGAAAUACAAAUAUUGAUGAUACAUGCAAGAAAGUACAAAUGAUAAGGGUCAGCAAAUUGUGGAGAAAUUGGAAAUCAAAAGUCAAGAGCAUGUAUUUCACUCCUUAUAGGAGGCACAGGUCAUGGCUAUUAGCACACUGUCCUGCAAGAGUUGAGGAGGAUCAAUGGCCUAUUUUGGUUGAUUAUUGGAGCUUAGAAGAUGUCAAGGCAACUAUGAAUGAGGAAAUACAAAAACUGCCAGAGACAUCCAGGGAUGAUAAUUUUGUGAAAGAUAUACUCUAUGAAAAUAUUCUUGGACCUGAAAAACCAGGUCGUCUUCGAACUUAUGGGGGAGGUGCGACUCCAAAAGACGUGUAUAGGAUGUCAGAUAACAUGAAUGAUGGACAAAAGAAAGCAUUUGAGGAUGCAGUGAAUGAGAAAGUGGAAAUCAUACGUGGUGAACUACGAGAAGAAAUGAAUUCGAAAUUGGCAAAUUUUAAGGAGGAGUUGAUUGCUCAAUUUGAAGCAAGAAUGAGGGCAUCCACAUGUGACUUGGCAUCACUCCAAAGAAGAGAAAUGAAUGCAGCAAAACAAUCUCAAAUUUCGGACUCAUUAGAGGUUGGUGAUAGAAUGAACAGGGAAGUUGGAACAAAUGAUGCUGAAAUGUACAAGGAAAUUGGAACAAAUGAUGCUGAAAUAAACAAGUGUGAAAUGAAUAAAAAAGUUUCUUCAAUUGCUGAUAUUCUUGAGAACCAUCAUACAAAGAAGAAAAGGAGCAGGACUACUUGCAAACGACUUGCUUGAGGGGACUAAUAGAAUACACUUUGCA